AUGGAAUUGCUGUUGUUAUCAGCAUCCCUCCUUGUGGAAAUUAAUCUAUCGAGACAUCAGCACUUUGGGUCUGUGAGAGAUGAAGCCACGAUCCUUUAUCUGUGUCUGCACACACAGAGCUUGCAGCAAGAAGAAGUUGUUAGAUUUAGAAAGAGAUUUGUUCUAGGUUAUCUGUUGAAAUCCAGCCAGGUCUUUGGUGGAAAAACCCCUGCCUUUUGUCUACAUUUCACUUCUGCAUCAUCAGCCAGACUGUUUCCAUAUAAAAGACGUGACUGGAAUUUGCAGGAGCUUGAGAGCUGGAAGACACUGCUGGAGGAAAAAGGCAAAUCCUCUGCUCUGCUGCACAGCUUGAAGUCCUACCAGCUCCUUUGGUCUGAUUCAGAUUCAUGCACUGCCCAACUGGAGCGGAGAGGAAGAAACAAUUCCACCCAAAAAUCAGUGUCUGAGAGACAUUUGGUGGUUCAUAUUUAUGGGAGAAAAGCUGGUGUUCCCACUUCCAUGUGCAUCAGUGCCCUGGGGGCUGCAGGAGAGGAGGAUGAGGAUGUGGAUGAGCAAGAGGAUGAGAAUGAGGAGGAGAGUGAGGAUGAGAGUGAAGGUGAGGAUGAAGGAUGUGGAUGA